UGAGUCAAGUUAGUCGGGACCUGUCUUGACCCGAGGAAUCAUCUUGACGUCAUCUUGGGGGAGGAGUUUAGUCCUGGCAUGCUAUAUAAAAGCAGGGAGAUUUCCUUGAUCUGCAGUUAAAACAGAACAUUCAGACGAAAUGGCACUGAAGGUACUUGUACUCCUUGCCCUCGUGGCCACUGCCCUCGCCAGCCCUGACAGCCCUCCUGCCUAUGGCUACGGUGCUCCUGGUCCUGCUUUCGGACCAGCCAAGUACGACUUCAACUACGCCGUCAACGAUCCACCUUCUGGUAAUGAUUUCGGUCAUCAGGAGUCUCGUGAUGGAGACUUCACACAGGGUUCCUACUAUGUCCGCCUUCCCGAUGGUCGCCUGCAGACGGUCAACUACAACGUGCAAGGAGACUCCGGCUUCGUGGCUGAGGUCAGCUACGAGGGUCAGGCGCAAUACCCAACCCAGCCCCGUGCCUACACACCUGCCCCUACCUAUGGUUAAACGGUGUUGAUUAUGAUAUUUAUUGAUAGACGACUUUUGUAAAUAUAUGUGCUAAUAAAGAGCAAGAUUUA